GUGAAUCGAAGUACCUCUGCACCACGUGUGGAGCCACCUUCCACCGAGCCUCCGCUCUCAGCAAACACCUGAAGAAGCACCAACCCAAACCCGACGUCCGGCCGUUCGCCUGUGAACAUUGUGAUAAGAGGUUCUACGAAGCCAAAGAUCUGCAGCAGCACAUGAACAAGCACAUGGGCCUGAAGCCUUUCCAGUGCCAGGUGUGCGGGAAAUGUUACAGCUGGAAGAAGGACUGGUACUCGCACGUCAAGUCCCACAGCGUCGCCGAGCCUUAUAAAUGUAACGUCUGUGGAAAGGAGUUCUUCGAGAAGGCUCUGUUCAGGAGGCACGUGAAGAAAGCCACGCACGGGAAGAAGGGCCGAGUGAAGCAGAAUUUGGAGAGAGAGUGCGAGCACUGUGGCAGGAAGUUCACGCAGCUCCGGGAGUACCGACGCCACAUCAACAACCACCAGGGAGUGAAGCCUUUCGAAUGUCUGACUUGCGGUGUCGCCUGGGCUGAUGCACGCUCUCUCAAGCGCCAUGUCCGCACUCACACAGGAGAGCGUCCAUACGUGUGCCCCAUGUGCCAGGAGGCCCACAUCGACGCACGCACUCUACGCAAGCACAUGGCCAAGUACCACGUGGACAGCCUGCCUGGGAAGAUCAUGCUGGAGAAGGACACCCUCCAGUUUCACAACCAGGGCACACAGGUGGAGCACGCAGUCAGCAUCCUGGCGUCCGACCUGCCCCCCGAGCUACGGCCUGCGCAGCAGCCGUCCUCGGAGGAGAUCGAGACGGUGCUGAUCACGGAGGAGACGGUGGAGGCCAUGGAGGCCGUCCAGGCUGUGCAGGCGGUGAGCGACGGCUCGGUGGCGACGCUCUCGGAUCAGGGCAUCAUGCAGGUCGUGAACUACGUCUUGGCCCAGCAGGCGCUGACGGGGGGGAAGCUCGAGGAAAACCCUGAGGUGAUUCAGACGAUGGAGGUGGAGGUGGCUCACGUCGCCGAGGUAGAAUAGCUGUGGGCUGGAGGACGGGGACUCCCCACAUAGACUGAUCACGUUGCUUCAGUCUAUAUAAAAUG